AUGUUUAGCACAGGGACAAUCCUCUGUCUGCUGAUUAACGUCGCCGUACUGGCCAUUCUGGUUGGACGAUUCGUGUUCCCUAUUGACGAUCAGACAGAAGACCUGAUUGUAACCAAGUUUGAAGAAUCUUACGACUACAUUGUAGUCGGCUCGGGUUCUGCCGGGUCUGUUGUUGCCGCUCGUCUGUCGGAAGAUCGUGACGUCACAGUUCUUGUUUUAGAAGCGGGACCGGACGACAGGGAUAAAAUUCACUUCACCAUGCCAUCUGAGACAGCCAGGUCCCAACACACCAAGUUAGACUGGGAGUAUUACACUGAACCCCAGCAGUAUGCUUGCGGUGCUUUAAAGGACAGGCGAGGAUACAUACCAAGGGGUCGAGUUGUAGGCGGAAGUAGUCAGCUGAUCUUCAUGGCGCAUGUGCGUGGUAGCAGAUUUGACUUUGACAAGUGGGCAGCGAACGGCUGCGAUGGCUGGAGCUAUGAAGACGUUCUGCCAUAUUUCAAGAAAUAUGAGGACAUGACUGAUGAAGAACUGGCAAAAUCUGAGUAUCACAGCAGUAGCGGUCCAAUAAAGAUUAGUAAAGUUGCUUCCACUCCACUGUCUGAUCUUUUCCUCAGAGCAGCCAAAGAGGCUGGGUACAACGAAACGGAUCAUAAUGGUGAAAUGCAGGAAGGAGGCAGUAGUGUGUGCUCGGUGAUGGUGUCAGAUCAAGUACUUCCCGGGGAUUCUUGUGGCCCGCAGCAAGAGAACGAACCAAUCUUCAUGUUACUACCGACGGCCAUGUGA